AUGUUGAGAAAGGUAUUAGUAAUAAUUUUAACAUAUAUUUUAAUUUUAAUACGCAAUUCGCAUUAAAAAUAAUAAUGUAAUCACGAUAUAGAUAAAUAAAUAUAAACCUACCAUUAUUAAUAUAAGCAAUACUUUAUAAGAAACCUUAUCAAAAUCCGCAAGCUUUAGUAAAAAAACCCCUUACCGCCUUAACAAAUUCGUAUAACAACCGAUUUAAGUCUUUUGGACCCUUUGUAAUAAACUAACCCUGAAAUAAACAUCCAUAUAAAAUCUCUCAUUGAAACUUCAAUUUAAUAUUUUUAAAAUUUAAUAAAAGUAACUCCAAGCUUAUCAAACAAUAUUUUUCCUAAUAACUGGCCUUUGAACUGUUUAAAUAUAACAGUUCCUUAACUAGACUACACAAUAGGAAUCCCUAAUUCAGACUUACAUAUAUAUAUCACAUAUAUAGACUCUAACUUAAGUAAUUCAGCAUAAGUUCUUGCGAGUGCGACUUUUUGUUCUAUUGAUCCAAUUUAUAGAAGACCAAAUUUUGGAGUAAUUUAGUAUAAUAUAGCAAUUAUGAAAUAAUAAAGUAUGACAAAUAAAAUUUUCAAAGACAGAUUAGAAGUAACAAUUCACGAAAUUUUACAUAUUUUAGGCUUUUCAUAAUAUGGUAUGGGUUAUUGGGUUGACCCUCAAACAAACAAUUUUUAUUUAAAUUCAUCUAUCAUAACAAAAAACAUAACCCUAAAUAAUAUCACAAAUCCAGUCUUAAUAUCCUCCAAUGUCCUUUAAACAGCCCAAAAAUACUACAAUUGCUCCUAAAUAUAAGGCAUGAAAUUAGAAAAUCAAGGCAGUAGAGGUACAUACGGUUCUCAUUGGGAAAGAUCAGUUCUUUUUAACGAAGUUAUGGUCGCUGAAACUCUUCCUACUUAAAGCUUUAUAUCUAUUUUUACAUCUGCAUUAUUAAGAGACACUGGCUUUUAUUAAGAAAUAAACGACAAUUUCGUCUACGAUAAAAUGCGUUGGGGAAACUAAAAAGGUUGCGAUUUUUUUAAUAAUACUUGCAGAAGUAGUGUUUAAAUUUUUCCAGAAUUCAUAAAUGAUAACCGAACAAGAGGUUGCACAUUUGAAAAUGAUGGUUACGGAGUUCGAUAAAUCACAUUUACAAUGGAUGGAUGUACAUCUAUAGGUUCUCCAACUAAUUCAAUAUGUUUUUUGGAAGAAAAUAACUCAAAUACAUCUACUAAUUCACGGUUUGAAACUUUUGGACCACAAUCGAGAUGCCUUUAAUCCAAUUUGAGGACUUUGAAUUUCAAUUUUACGGAUAUAAGCAGAUGUCAUUAAAUUUAGUGUGCAAAUGAUGCAUCCUAUAUCAAAAUUAGAAUUAACUAGAUUAAUAAAGAGGUCGUUUGUAACUAAGAAAAUGAGGUAAUUGUUUUAGAUAAUGUUUUGGAUAAUAUAAGAGGAAACAUUACAUGCCCUAGCAAUUUUGAACAGUUUUGUAAUUAUUAUCCAAUUUGUAAAAAUUAUUGUAGUUCUAGAGGAAUUUGUGUUAAUGGCUUUUGUAUUUGCAAUAGAGGUUAUGCAAAUGAUGAUUGUUCUAUUAAAUGCCCUUUAUUUAGUGAAAAUGGAAUCUAUUAAUGUGUAUAGGAAUGUCCAAUUGAAACUUUUGCGGAUUUAAAUACAAGAGUUUGUGGAUGGUGUUAGGUUGGGUGUUUGAAGUGUCAAAGCGAAAGUUUUUGUAUUGAAUGUGAUUUUUAAUUUGGAUAUAGGUUAGUUUAAAAUAAAUGUGAAUUUUUGAAUUUUUGA